CUCGGUCAGGCUCCGGGAUGCAGCUGCUCCCACUCCGCUUCGCUUCCCGAAGGCGUGGCAGGAGAGGCAGCACAGCAGCCGCCCCAGCAGGAGGGGGAGAGGAGGCGCCGAUUGGCCCGAGCGGAGGCGGGAGGUAGGGAGUUUCCCACAAUGCCCCGCUGCAGCCAGUGCGGCCGCCGAGGGAUGCUGCGGGAAGGGGCUGCCAUUUGUAGCCGCCGAGACCAGCCGGUCGCUGCCGAGGGCUCGGGGGGGCCCGCGCCGGCCCCGAUCGCCCUGCCCUGAUCAGCCCAGGCUCUCCGGAGACUCCUUGGCCGCUUGCUUCCUCCCCCCUUCCCCGCCCCGCGCCUGCCUCUGCGCUCUUUCCCGGCUUCCCUCCGCGGGUCGCUGUCCGUUCAGCACCGCGAUGAACCCUCCUUCGGCAGCCGGCGAGGAGAAAGGGGCUGCGGGAGGCGGCGGCACUGGCACUGCCUGCCGGGGAGCCGAAGGCGGUGGGGAUCCGAGGAGCGCCCCCGCCGGGGCAGCCGGCGAACCGGAGGAGCCGGGACUUGCCGGUCAGAAAGAGGAAUCCCUAGAAGAGAAACUGAAGAGUUUAACCUUCAGGAAACAGGUGUCCUACAGGAAAGCCAUCUCCAGGUCUGGCCUUCAACAUUUGGCUCCUGUUCAGAACCACAACAUUCCCAUCACAAAUGGACCAGUGAAGGAGUCUAGGAUGACACUAGAAUGGACUGAUAAUGCAGUGAAUGGAGAGCAUCUUUGGUUGGAGACAAACGUUUCUGGUGACCUUUGCUACCUCGGGGAAGAAAGCUGCCAAGUCAAGUUCUCAAAGUCAGCUGUUCGAAGAAAGUGCGCUGCUUGUAAGAUUGUGGUCCACAAUGCAUGCAUGGAAGAGUUAGAAAAGAUAAACUUCCGGUGCAAGCCAACUUUCCGAGAAGCCAGUUCUAGAUCGCCAAGAGAGAAUUUUGUCCGGCACCACUGGGUACACAGGCGGCGACAGGAAGGAAAGUGUAAGCAGUGUGGAAAGGGAUUUCAGCAGAAAUUCUCCUUUCACAGUAAAGAGAUUGUGGCCAUCAGCUGUUCAUGGUGCAAGCAGGCGUUCCACAAUAAAGUCACCUGCUUCAUGCUGCAGCACAUAGAAGAGCCAUGUUCCCUAGGGGCUCAUGCAGGUGUUAUCGUGCCCCCCACCUGGAUCAUUAAGGUGAAGAAAACUCAGAAUUCAUUGAAAAAUUCAACCAGGCGAAAGAAGAGGACAUCUUUUAAAAGGAAAGCCAGCAAAAGAGGGAAUGAGGAGAACAAAGGCCGACCUUUUAUAAUAAAGCCUAUCUCUUCCCCACUUAUGAAGCCCUUGCUUGUAUUUGUGAAUCCGAAAAGUGGAGGGAAUCAGGGUACUAAGGUUCUCCAGAUGUUCAUGUGGUACUUGAAUCCACGUCAGGUCUUUGACCUCUCUCAGGAUGGGCCAAGAGAUGCGCUAGAACUGUACAGAAAGAUGCCAAAUCUGCGAAUCCUGGCCUGUGGUGGGGAUGGAACAGUGGGCUGGAUCCUCUCCAUCCUGGAUGAGUUGCAACUGAAUCCCCAGCCUCCUGUUGCUGUGCUUCCACUUGGCACUGGGAAUGACCUUGCUCGAACCCUCAACUGGGGAGGGGGAUAUACAGAUGAACCUGUUGCAAAAAUUCUCUGCCAUGUAGAAGAUGGAACCAUUGUCCAACUGGAUCGUUGGAACCUCCAGGUGGAAAGAAAUCCAGAUUUACCUGAAGAUGAACUGGAAGAUGGCGCACGGAAGCUUCCCCUCAGUGUCUUCAAUAAUUACUUCAGCCUCGGAUUUGAUGCUCACGUCACAUUGGAAUUCCAUGAAUCUCGAGAAGCAAAUCCGGAAAAAUUCAACAGCCGCUUCCGAAAUAAAAUGUUUUAUGCUGGGGCAGCUUUUUCAGACUUCCUUCAGAGAAGUUCCAGAGAUUUAUCCAAGCAUGUAAAAGUUGUGUGUGAUGGAACAGACCUGACCUCGAAGAUUCAGGAGCUGAAAUUCCAAUGUAUAGUGUUUUUAAAUAUACCCAGGUAUUGUGCUGGCACAAUGCCUUGGGGGAACCCAGGAGACCACCGAGAAUUUGAACCUCAGCGGCAUGAUGAUGGUUACAUUGAGGUCAUUGGAUUUACCAUGGCUUCCUUGGCUGCUCUUCAAGUGGGAGGUCAUGGAGAAAGGCUACACCAGUGCCGGGAGGUGACAUUGUUGACGUACAAGUCUAUCCCCAUGCAAGUGGAUGGUGAGCCUUGCCGACUGGCUCCCUCUCUCAUCCGGAUCUCCCUGAGGAAUCAGGCUAACAUGGUGCAGAAAAGCAAGAGGAGGACAUCCAUGCCUUUACUAAAUGACAUCCAUAAAGUGCCCUCUGCUGACCUGAGGAGAGUAUCAGCUCCCCCUGACACCUUCACAGUUCCCCAUGCCAUCCCAGAACGCCUACGGAUCAGAGUGAACCGAAUUAGUUUACAAGAUUAUGAGGGACUGCAUUACGACAAAGAAAAACUCCGGGAAGCUUCUAUUCCUUUGGGAAUUAUAGUUGUCCGAGGAGACUGUGACCUGGAGACGUGUCGUAUCUAUGUGGAUCGCCUGGAAGAGGAUUUACAGUCCGUAUCUUCAAAUACACAGAGAGUCCAUUACCAGGACCAGGAAGGCUCUUUCCCAAGAGUAUCAUCAGUUCAGAGACUUUCUCCUAGAUGGUGCUUCCUAGACGCAACUUCUGCUGAUCGUUUUUACCGCAUUGACAGAUCUCAGGAACAUUUGCACUUUGUGACGGAAAUUUCGCAGGACGAGAUUUUUAUCCUGGACCCAGAGCUGGUGGCAACUCAGGCAGCAGGGACACCUCUCGGAAUGCCAGAUCUGGUAGUGGAGCAGGCCUCUGGAGUAUCAGAUCAGUAUAAUCCUGCUGUUCGAAAGCGUAUGCUGAGUGACAGUGGCCUGGGGAAGAUGUCUCCUCACUACGAGGUACCUGAAAAACAAAAGGAGGCCAGCCAGAUGCACCUGCUGCAAUCCCCAGUUUCUUCAGAAGAUCAAGCACUUUUACAGUCGGUAAUAGCUGGUGAUUUCCUAAAAUUCAUAGAAUGCUGUACAAAGGGAGCUAAUCUGUUAAUCCAGGGACCUGACCACUGUUCCUUGCUUCAUCAUGCAGCCAAGACUGGACAUGGAGAAAUUGUGAAGUACAUCCUAGAUCAUGGUCCUUCUGAACUAUUGGAUAUGACAGAUAGUGAAACGGGUGAGACAGCACUACAUAAGGCAGCCUGCCAGCGCCACCGUGGCAUCUGCCAGCUAUUGGUAGAAGCAGGAGCUUCAUUGAAGAAAACGGAUGCCAAGGGUAAGACACCCCGAGACAGGGCCCAGCAGGCUGGGGAUCCAGAUCUAGCUUCAUAUUUGGAGGGUCAUCAGAACUACCAAGUGGUUCCCCAUGAAGACCUAGAGACUGCAGUGUGAUGUCUUUGGAAUAUGGAAGAAUCCCCUAGGUAAUAACAAGGCUGCGCCUGAGGCACAUUCGGGCGUCCUGUGAAGAGGAAGCAAACGGAAUCAGUGCGACUCUCGCUCUCGUGAAAAAAUAUCUGAGAAGAAGUCAUCAGUUUCUAAGGGCUACAGAGACAUGCCACAGAACUCUCGUUUUCCCAUAGAUUAACCUGUGGGAAUGAAGGGGGAGAUUCAAAGGUCUGCGCAAUCAAUGGGCUGAGGAAAUUUACUUCUAUUGCUCUCAGCAAGUAGCAUGACACAUCUGUGUUCCUGUGUAGAAUUUAUUUGAACAAGAACAGCAGCAACAACAACAAUAGCAACAACAGGUGUGGGGGAUGAAACAAAGUGACAGGAACAUUUGUAAUCUGGCCAAAUCUUUCUCCUCUCUGAAUCUUUGCCAUAUAACUCUUGCUUCUCCUGAUGUUGGCCCUACAUUCUCCCUCUGUCAUCAUGUGUGCUACGUUCCCCCUUCUAUCUCCACAGCAGAGCAUCCGUAAAGUGGUGUCUGUUUAUUUCUGUGCUAAAUUUUCAUGGCUGCUCAGUGUUUUGAGGAGAGCCCUCAGUGCCCAUACCUUUACAUAACAAGAACUCACUCACUUUCCUCAGCUACUGCAUUACCAGAUAGAUACUUCUAGUUCUCAACAUAUUUCUUCUUCUGCCCUAUUUAAAUAGGCACCAGAGCAUUUGCAGUAUUACUCACAAAGAACCAGAGUAGGUGUAUCAUGCCUUUGAGCAUACAAAAGCUACAGUGUGAUGGUAGGCCACAAAGAAUCAGAUCAGGUGGUAACUGUGUAGUAAGGUUCCUUGAGAAAGUGCACCAAGCUUGUUUACAUUACCCUGACACACACCCCAACAGGUUUUCAUGAUGUUUUGUUUUAGAAAAUUCCUCCACAAAUUUGUUUUGAAUGUUUCUUUUGGCAAAAUCUUUUGACAACCUAUAGAUAUGUUAAAUCCACCCAACACAUUUUGCUCAUCAUAACCCUUUUGAUGGCCACUCUGGUGAGAUGCCUCGGUUCUCCCUUUGCUGGCUACAGUGCUUAAUCUUGAGUCCUUCAUUACUUGUGGGUACUUCGGACUGUUAGGCUGCCAAAGACCAGAGUAACCUAAUUCAUAUCCAUAAGGGUUUAUAUUUCGUCAAUCAGCGUUGACGUGAGGUCUUCACCUUUUCCUUUCAAAGGCCACUUGAAACUAAACCGAAAGAUCCUGCUGAGAAACAUUGUCUUGCUGCUAUAAAAGGAUGAAAGCUAUGUUAAAAUAAGUGAAAAUAUGCUAACAGUGCAAUGAUAAGCAUGUUUUCUCUAGGUUUGUCUAAAUUUAAAGGAUAUGCUACGGUAAAUUUGUUUAGGAUUGCCUUCUAUGAGUUUUGGGUUAAGUAAUUUAUAAAUAGAGAAGAACUUAGCCCAAUAAUUAUGGGACUAAAUGGCAUGCAGUUGUUACUCCUACAUUAUUUCCUAUAGGCUUUUCCACCACCACAGUGGGAAAUUCAGUGGUAACAGUGGUGGAUGGGUUGGGGCAUACAAAACCCAAAGCCACCUUCUUGUCUUUGAGUUAGAACUUCCAUGUGCGUAGGUGUGAGGAAGUCUGAGGUCCUCUUUACUCCAUCUUUCCAACUUUCAAGAAACUAUUUCUUUUAAAGAACAAAGUGCUCUCCCCCCAGCAUUAAAGAUAGGGAGACUGUCAUCUCUCCUAAAUCAAAGCCUCCCAAGUCUCAGCUGGAAUUCCUAGGGAGUCAUAUAAACAAACACUCCAAGAUGAACCUGCUGCUGCAGGUUGCAGGGCAUGAUGGUCCAUAAAACUUCUCACAUCUGUGCAAGAUCAAGAUCUUACUUUGUAAAAUCAAACUCACUUCUAUUCCAGGACACUUAGAGGGCAUUUUCUGAGCUUCACGAGGUUCAAAGUAGAUGAACCCAUUCCUUAGAAAAAGUCAGGGCAGAUCUUAGUUGUACCUCCUGUAUCCUUCUACUGCUUUCUAUUUUGCUGGUCUUCAAAGGUGUUAAAAACUAUUCUCAUGUAUACACAUGUGGCCAUCCUAGCUUUGAUGAUGAAGGGAAGAAUUUGUAUUGGGAGUGAUUCCAUAGCAACUUACAGCCAAUUUGGUUCCCAUUAAGGAUGUGCACCAUAUUGGCCAAAUGGGAAAGACUAACCAAAUUGGGCUGUUGGUGGUUUCCAGGGCAACCAGAGGUUGAAGCAAAAAGCACAGGGGCGCUCAUGGGGAGGAGUGGCACCCAGAUUGAUAAUUUAUGUUAAAACUGGCAUUCACAGAGAUGAAAUGUUAGAACAAAAAGAUGCAACACUGUUAAAAGAUGGGAAAGAAGAAUAAAAAUAAUCAGUUUCCCAAAAUAGCAUAUAGUUCUGUAAUACCUUCAGAGUAACAAAUGCCUUGUGGCAAACCUUCCAUGGAACAGAGCCUACUACAUUUGAUGCAUGCACUGUUUUAUCCAGUUGACUGGUGAAUGUGUAUAUGUAGAGAGAAAGAACAGAUAAUGUGGCAAUACAAUAGAAAAUUGUACACUAAGUGGCAAUUCAGUUAUGGAAAAUAAAUUCAGGGACCAUUUGCAAUAGUGGUAGUCGGCAAUAACAAUUAAUGUUGAGUUUGGCCAAGAUUAUAUACUUUUUAAAAAUAUAUUUGUAUUAUUUAUAUGCUUCCUUUCUACCCAUGGGGGACCCAAGGUGGCUCACAACCAUUAAAAUUGUACAAUAAUAUGUUUAAAUACUGUGCAAAACUGUAUUUAAAAUAAUUAAACAUUAAUCAAGAUUAAAAUUAAAUUUAAGAACAUUUAAAAAUAUCUAAAUUCCAUAAAGAAACCCCAAUAAUUGCUUAAAAACCUGCCUGAAAAGCAAGGUCUUUGCCUGAAGAUGAUGGGACAAGAGGGAGAAGGAGCAACCUGUCUUCUUGGGGCAGCAGACUCAAAAGCCUGAGAGCAACUACUGGGAAGGCCCUCUUUCACGUCUUCACCAAACAGGCUUGGGGAGGUGGUGCAGACAAGAGAAGGGGUUUCGCAGAAGAUCUUAAAGGCCAAGUAGGCUCAUAUAGGAUGAUAACACUCUUUCAAAUAACCUCUAGAAGUGGAAAGCCAAAAGACACUCAGAAAAUGGAGCCCAAAAAUGGAAUACUGUAUUGGAGACUGGCUAAUAAUAAUACAAUACAGCGGGAUUCAAGGAGGCCUUUUUUAAACAAAGGUCUUAUUGCUGCCUUCUUAGCCAUGCUGGUACUCAGCCUUGCUGCAAGGAGGCAUUUACUACUCUCUUAACCCACUCAGCCUUCUAGCUCCUUUUAUAAGCCAGGAACGGCAAGGGUCCAGCAAACACAUGGUGGUUUUCACCUCUCCAACGACACUGUCCACAUCCUCAGACUGCAUGAACUGAAACAAUUAGAGGCCAAAGUUCCAUCAACAAACCCAGUGUCAAUUACUGUAAAGUGCCAUGCAAAAUCUUCACCAUGGGAUGUCAAGUGGUGAUCAAUCCUCUCUUGGAAACAAGCCCUUGACCACCCAAAGGAGCUCCACCGAAUUGCUCUAUGAAGAUGCAAUGGUGGCAUAGAAGAACUGCUUCUUCGUUGUCACCACUACCACAGAGUAGGCAUUCCAAUGAGCUGUAGUCCACUUUUGAUUGGAUCUCCUCCAAGUUUUCUGCCAUCAUCACUCUAGUCUCUGUCCCACUCAGUUCAUCAUCCCCAAGGAGCUAGUUUGGCUGCACUUCAUGGGAGGGAAUGCUUCGAAGCGAUUGUGUCAAUAGCCCUAGCCACCUUUGCAUUCCAGAGAUCUGCCAGGGCCAUAACAGGAUCACCUGUCAAGACAGCUGGAAACUCCCUAAGAGCUGUCAGAAAACCAUUUGGAUCCAUCAGUCUCCUAGGAUGGACCAUUUAAAUUACUCCCCACCCUCUGCAGGGGUGUUCCAAUAAGCCUAAACCCUACCAGAUAGUGAUCCGUCCAGAACUGUUGAGGGUUCCUCCACACCCAAUCCCAGCAGCCUGUGGGACAGAGCACCUGACAGGAGUGAUUGAAUUUUGAUAGACUAUUACAACUCCUCCUUCCCACCCCCCUGGUCUGGACUGCUGCUGCUCAAUGAAUCUAGGUGGACAAAGCUAAGAAAGACUGAAUUCCUCAGCUUCAUCCAACCAGGUAAUGCAAGCCAACUUAGCGUGUCCAACCAGGGUCAAAUCCUGGAUGUCAGCUGUGCUACUUUUCACUGACCUGGCAUUUAGCAGCAGCACCUUCAACCCAGGGGCCUUGCCAUCAAGGCUAUCUGGGCUGUUUAAUUUGAGAACUUGCCACCAUAUGAAUAGAUGCUAGUAGAGAAAUGUAUAAAUGCUUAUACAUGGCACCACAAGUAGCGGCGGCAGCACCUCUGUCUGUCCAAUUAUUUGUCUAUCUAGUCUUUUGUCUAAUAUCAAUGUAACCUCUGCUUGACUUACCCCAAUUUAUCAUCACAAUCUAGGAUAUAUGGGGCCUAAAGUUGCCCUUUUAAAUUUUGCGAAUUUUGCAGAUGAGCAAAGAUUUGAACAAGGGUCUUUGUGGUUCUAGUUAAAUACUCUAUUUAUUCUGUCGCAAUGGGUCUCACUUGGGGCUUUUCUACAUGGGCUCAUUUACAGGAGACUACUGUGGGCUAUAUAGGGUCACUUGGGGUCAGGUUACAGGCACAGUAUACCAUCUGGUAUGAUCCUUGCAUCCAAAUGACGUACGCACCUUGUGGCUUCCCAUAGACAUCUGGACGACUACUAUGUGAACAAAAUGCUGAACUAGAGCAUUAACUGGUCUCAGCAACCAUGGCUCUUACAUGUUCAUUAUGAGACUGUGGUGUGACUAGCAGUGUAGAUCCAACCCAUUAUUAUUUUCCCACCAUCCGUGAGUAUUUGCUUGCAAAUGACAGUGUUACUCCACAGAAGGCAACUUCUCAUAAUUAGCAUGCAAUAUCCCACAUAAUUCAUCAUGUGGGGGGGGGAGAGAACAGGCUUUUGUUUCCAGUGCAUGGUGAACUUAAACUUAAGAGUUACAAGCUCUGAAUAGGGUCAGCCUGACAACAAUGGGAAAAACACAAUGGUUGCACAGCUGGUUAAAGGCUUCCUUGGGUGAUUUUGAGGUUUUUGAAACUCAUACAAAAUGCAGUGAAAUUUUGUGCACCCCAAAGUAAUCAAAGGAAGUCUUUAGCCCGUGGCAAUUUGCUACUGGUGCCAUUCCCACUGCUUACACCAAUCUGUGCCAAUGUGUAGCUGAUUCUCACUACAGAUUUAUAUAGACAUGCACUAUACUUUUUUGGGGGGAGGUACUGUAUGAUGCUGUUAAGCAAUGUGGCUGGUAUAUGUAAGUGGAACAUAGAUGUCAGAAGGAUAUUGCAAUGUGAUACUUUUUAAACCUCAUACAGACGAUAGAAGGAGAAAUUACAGCAUCUUGUCUAUUCUCCUAUUAAGGUCUAGUAAGGUAAAAUCUUACAUGCGCUACAUGGUAACAUGAGACAUCACUGAACUAUGAAUCUCCCCAUCUGAGCUUUCAUUACAGUGUUUCUACAUUUGCAGAGACAUGGAAGUUCACAAUAUGAUUGUGUAACAUGAAACAUUGUAAUUUACUUAGCUAUCACUAAGGGAGAGAAAAUAAGAUACACAGCUAUCUUAAUUUUGGUGGUGGCCAUGUUGCUGUUAUAAUUCCAGUUUACACCUGAAGUAUAUUAAUCCCAGAGGUUGUUGAAUGUUGUUCAACUUUGGGCAAUUAAAGAUUCAAUUCCAUAAGACUGGAAAAGUUACAUUUUUAUAUUACACUUCUCAGAACCCUGAGGAAUACUUUCCCCAAAAGUAAACAUUUCCAACAUAUAUUUGUGUGUGAGAGCUAAUGGUUUGCUGUUCACACAUGAAAAAAUGGACGCUGGUAACUGUAGAAAAGCCCCCUGCCCAUUUUCCUCAUAGACAUCUAACAAUGACAUUCAGUUAGGCCAAUGGUUCCCAAUCUUGGGUAACCAAGGUGUUCUUGGACUGCAUUUCCCAGAAACACUAGUCAGAGCAGAUGGGGGUGAAGGCUUCUGGGAAUUGCAGUCCAAGAACACUUUGAUUACUCAAGUUGGAAACCGAUGAAUUAGACCACAAGCAUACAAGUAGUAUAAGGGACUAGAAUUCAUCAAAUCAAAUUUGACAGGUGCCACGCCCCUUUAUGGCGGGACUAAGAGCUCAAGAAUUGACCAGUCCUAAUAGCACCAAAUUUGCUGACUUGUUGCAGAAUCUCAUGCUAGCCAGGUAAAAAAGAGUCCACUCAACCCUAGCAAACCACUAGGGUUGAGUUUCCUUUAAAUUUUGUACUGGAUUUUGCAUGUCCAAGUGUGUGUGCCUUGUCAAAAUGGAAAGGGUGCAUGCAUGACUCCAAUUUGUGUAUGUCACUCCUUUUUUUAAAAAAAAAUGUAUACAGUGGCAAAAGAAGAACCCAACACUGGCAUAUUUCUAGAAGAUGGCACCCACCCCACCCUCUAACACAGACACAUUUUUGUGCUUCGCAUUUAUUUUACACUUUGCCAUGCAGAGCUGAGUUAGAAACAACAGAGCUGGCCCUUAGCAAGUGCUGAACUCUUUGUAAAUUCAGGGAAAGUCUUCUUGAUUGGUGCCACCUAUGAGAAGUGCUCUGUAUUCUUGCGUGGGGCUGGAAACCCACUCAACAGAGAUGUAAACAAUGUGAAUUAAGUUUAGUAAUAUAUUUGCUUCAGUUGGUUUUUACAAAGCUGGUAUAUUUGAAUGAGAAUGCACAUGUAAAAAGCAUACACCUUCCAGAAUGGUCGGGGUCUAGCGUUCAGCCAUCUCAAAAUCUGGUUUGGUCAGAACCUGAUGAUGUGAAAUGCGGCUACUCCUGGAUUGUCUUCGUUGCAUUUUGGUUAUAUUGUAACUCUUAAAAUGGCCACCCCAUUCUACCAUAAGACUGGGGCAACAGUA